AUUUAAAUAAUUUAGUUUGACUCGCUCAAUCCAAUCGAAUUACAAAAAAAAUAAAUAAAAUUUUUACCAUAAUAAAAUUUUAACGAACAAAAAAAAAUAAAUUAUUCUCGAAAAGAUGAAAUUCUUAGGCUGUCUUAUUUUUGCUUUAAUUGCUGCAUUUGCUGUUGUAUCAGCAACAAAUUCAACAUGGGGAGCACGCAAUUGGAAUGAUCAAAUGAUUUUCCGUCAAAAUAUCGUUAUUAAAGGAAAUUAUCCAACAUACAAUUUAACUUUCCCAGCUAGAGCAGGAGCAAAUACCAGAAAAAUAACAUAUAUUUUAGCUAGAGAUUUAACUAGAUUUGGUAAUGGUGGACAAGCUACACUUUAUCGUGGUGGUGUUGGUUUCAAAAAUGUUACACUCAUCUUUAGAUCACAAAGUAAUACUGGUCUCAAUAUGACAGCUGAAAUUUGGGGACGUUAAGUAUCUGAGAAAAAAAUGAAAAUAUUUUAAACUGUUUCAUAAUUAUUUGUGAUAUUAAAAUCGAGAAUAAUAUAAAGUAAAAAUUUUAUGACUCGAA